CGCGGGACACACAGGUGAUGACGUCACGCUCUCAACAGCGGCUCCAAGUUUCGCAUCCGGUAGAAGAUAAUAUUAUUAGCCUUAAAAUAAAGCGUUACGUUUCUAUAAUCUCGAUCUGUCAGCGGCCUCACUGACCUCAGGAUCACACUACGGAUGUGUCUUAUUCGGGGUUCGUGUUUUCACAGAAUUAUAAUUCUCACAGACGGAUGUCAACAAAGUCGCUAGUUGAGACUCAAAUCUUGAGUCUGCUGUUAACCUUCCCAUCGAGCCGGUUUGGGGACGUGUGUUUGUCCCCCUCAUCUCUUGCGAGAUGGGCAGUCAUUUUCGCAGCUACAUCUGGGAUCCAAUCCUCAUCAUCUCCCAGAUUAUUCUCAUGCAGUGCAUCUAUUACAGCUUCUUGGGUCUGUGGUUGGCUGGUGUUGAUGGUUUGGUCCAUACCAGUAGAUCACUCGACCAGAUAUUCAGUUACGAGGUUCUUGGCUUUUCAACAACACAAGGUCGCUUGUCUAUGAUGGCGUUCAUUCUGAAUUCUCUCACAUGCGCUCUUGGCCUGUGGUUUUUCAUCCGACGGGGAAAGCAGUGUCUGGACUUCACCGUGACGGUGCAUUUCUUUCACAUGAUCUGCUGCUGGAUCUAUAACGCCCAUCUCACAGCCGCCCUGUCAUGGUGGUUGAUUAACGUGGCCUGCAUGGCCCUCAUGGCAGUCAUCGGCGAGUACUUGUGCAUGCGGACAGAGCUCAGAGCCAUCCCUGUCAACACAGCACCCAAAUCCAACCUAUGAGGACUGUUUAGAGACAGAUGUGCCACAGCUGGUGUGUAUGAGGUUGCGCAUCAGCAGGACUGGUGUGUUGACAGAUGCUGCUGUGGUUUUCUGAGAGAUUGAGCAGAAGUGACUUGGAUGUUCUGUGAUGUUUUGGUCACAUCACUGUAUUUAAUCCGGAUGACGUUGAGAUGGUCCACACGAGUUUCAUGCUGCAUCGCAUGAUAAUCCUCCCUCAAUCAACCUUAUGAUGACAUUCGCAUCAUUUCAAAAUUACUAUUGUAAUUAUUCUUAUUUAGGACCAACACUUUAUCAUUCAUGGAUGGCUACUGAAAAUAUGAAAGUGAUGGUCUGUUUUAAAAGCACCGAAAGCAUCAUGUGUAAAUCUUAAUCUAAAUAAAAUGCUAUGUAUUUCUGAAUACUUGGAUAAUGGUUCCUGUUGCUUUGGAAAGAAAUAAGAUAUUAAGCGGUUUUCCUGUUUUAUCAAGUCAUCCUUUUACAAAUACCAAUGGCAGAAUUUCAUUGACCUUAGAUGUAGUUUAUUAAACGAGUUUCAGUCAACAUGAAAUCAAAACUGACCCUAUUUGCUUUCUUGAUUUCAUGUUCUUGUUGAGCAUGUUAUUCCAAAAGACAAAGUGAAAAGUUACUGCCUACUAAGGUUUUUUUUGUCAUUGAAUAUCCUAUUUCUCUCAGAUAUAUCACAUUAAGGAAGUAAAAUGGGUUGCUAAUAAUGUGUCAUGUAUUUUGCAUUUUGUCCCACAUGCCCAUCAGAUACGAUCAGUAUCUCUUUCAAGAUUUGUUUGCAAUGAGUAUUUGAGUGAUAUAUGAACCUUAAACUUUUUGUGAAGAUAUGAGGUAAAUCAAAUCAACUAGAUUUUUCACUUAUUCUGCAAUAAAUCAGAAACCGCAAUAUCAAAUGUAUGAUCUCAGUUUGUCAGAACUGAAGUGUGAGUUUUGGCUUCUUAAAAAGUGUAUUCUUUCUGUUAACUUUGCAACAUCCUGUUUCUCAAACACGUUCAGACCACAUAAUACUGACUACUAAAAAAUAUUAUAGAAAGGCUUCAUAUUAACUGUCAUGCUUCAGGCUCAAAAUAUAAGAUAGUAAAACUGCGAAAGGUGUUGCAACCUGUUUGACAUUGUGCUGUGUUGCAGACCCUUUAUCAAUGGUUUUGCUUUUGGUGGGACUUUGUAGCUUUGAAUGACCGAACAACAUGAAACAUUAAAGCUGCACAGUUAAACAUCUCAUGGCAGCUGCAUGGU